UUCAUCCUUUCACUAGGCUGUUCCCGAGAUGCAGCAAUAAUCGGAUUCUAUCUGGACAUGGUGCAUAUGGAUGUUCCUGGUCUAUCAAUUCCGAAUUCCUUGAAAAACCACAUUCUUGUUAGUUUAAUCAAGGGUGGUCCAACCACACGUCGGUUAGCACUUGAAUACAUCGCUAGUAACUAUCGACCGCUGACCGAAAUGCUGCAGGAGAGGCAGCUUUUGUCAAUUUUCGAGGCUAUAGGAGCGAACAUCAACUCACGUGUUGAAUAUGACAUGCUGGUCCGGAUUAAGGAUACAAAUAAAGACGCAAUGACUGUUGCAGUUACUGAUGCCGUACAGCGAGCCAUCAGAUAUGCAGAUGAAACGAUGAACUGGUUGAAUAAGCACUCCAUCGUUAUCUCUAGGUGGCUGGUAUCCCAAAACUAUGGAAGCGCGGCAGUGCCAGAUGAUAACGGAGCUACCAUAGUUGUACAGUCUGGUUUAGUAGCUUCGAUAGCCUUUCUAUGCGUCGUCAUUGGACAUGUUUUUAAUUAAACGAAUCACAAGGUACAUUUUCAGAAACAGAGAUUAUUGUGUUUCUAGAUGUAUAUGGUUUGCAGCAAGCCUUAAAUCAAUCGGUAAUCCACCAACGAAUGUCUGACGAUAACGAGGACUAUCUAUUGUCAAUCGUAUUGUCAGCUGGUAUUGUCCAAGUAGCAAUUAAGGUUUAUUAUCUAAUCUCUAUUCGCUGCUUCUACUAGCACUCUCAAUGCUGAGCUAUUUAGAGCAGAAAGGAUUGGUACUGGCUUUAGUACACCGUCUG